GACUGGCAAUGAAGCCUCACGUGACCAAGAGCUGACGUGGGCAAAGGUACUUAAAGCCUUGACGGCCAUCCCUGCCAUCUUCCUCCGGGUACCAACGCUGUUAAGCUGCACACUGCCAGGCAAGAACAAGAAAAUCCCCUCAGAACUGGACAGACACCUUGCUGCCCCAACCCUCCCCCCUCCCCCUCCCCUCCCCCACCACCCCCCUGUCCUUCUAGGGUGCUAGGAAAUGGGUGUGCCAGCUUCUGUGGGAGAGAUGGCGGAUUUGGCGCUGCAUGGGCUUCACAGGCUGGGGGAUCGUGACAGAAUCUGGUAUUAAACCGCCAUGCUAACUGCCAGGCUGCUUUCCAGACACCUGCGGCCCACGGAGCCCUUCAUCCUGGUCUUUUCAGGCCUGAAAAAGGAAUUCGGAUAGAAAAAGGCUAACACUAGGGCUCUUGUUCUGGAUGAUGAUAUGUCCACCAGGUUCUUAGCCUGCACCCGCAGUCUAUAUUUCUGCCCUUCAGCCUGUCCUCCGCAUGAAGCUCUGACUGAAUUAAAGGAAGGGGAAAGACCUCUGAAUUCUUGCAGAUCCAUUUACCUGCAGACUCUGCAGCUGUGAGAUCGCGCACGGUGGGAACUGCUCCUGAUCCCGGGAAGUUGGUCCAGCUCAGCUUGCAGCCUCAGAAGAACUUUCAAACCUGAGCUUGAGAGCCUCGCUUUGACUGGUACAUACAUUCCACUUAGGCAAGCCGGUAACACAACCUGGAUCAGAGAAUUGUUCCAAGUGUAUCAUGAGCCGUGCUCGGGAUGCUGGCUGCGUAGCUGCUGGAAUAGUGAUCGGGGCUAGUGCCUGGUACUGUGUCUACAAAUAUACUAGAGGAAGAGACCAGAAGAAGAAGAGACCAGCCAAGCCCAAGAACCGGGCUUCGGUGGGUACUGGAGCCAGAGCUAGAGCUGGGCUAAGAGCUGGAUUCACAAUUGACCUUGGGCCAGGAUUCAAUACCCCAGCCCUGGUGAGUGUUGAGGCAAUGAAUAAGGCCCAAGAAGAGACAUCCACUCUUGCCAAAGCUGCAGCUGAAGAAAUGGUGCCAGCUGCACCCAGCCCUAAGGUUCAGAAUGGGGCCGAAAGUAAGGUCCAGGCGGCAAAUGGGACUGGGACUGAGCCUACUAAAGUAGUCGUGACUUCAGCUGCCUGUGCAGUUACAUCCCCACCCAAGGUGGCAGAGGUCCCCGCAGCUUCAGGGGCCCCAGAAAUAGUAGUGGCUCCCAAAGUGGCAGGAGCUGCCAGCACCACACAGGCUUCUGGAGCAGCACUACUCCCUGGUCCAGCAAUGCUUCCUGGGGCAGCCCAGGCUCCUGGGCCAGCAAUACCUUCCCCAUCAAUAGCACCUCCGAUGCCAGCAGCACUUCCGUGGGCUGUAGCGCCUCAUGCGGUAGCCCAGUCUCCUGGGCCAGCAGCACCAACCAUGGCAGUCCAAUCUCUUAUGCCAGCAGCACCUUCCUGGGCAGUAGUAGCGCCUCCUGGGGCAGUCUAUAUUCCUGUGGCAACCCACUUUCCUGGGGCAGCAGCAGCAGCGGCUGCCGCCGCCAGGGUAAGCCAGUCUCCUGGGACAGUGGUGCCUCCCCUUCCACCCCCGUCUCUUGGACCAGCAGCAGUGCUUUCCAGGGCAGUCCAGUCUUCUGUGGCAUCAGCGCCUCCCAGAGCAGUCCAGUCUCCUGGGGCAACAGUGCAUCCUGGGGCAGCCCAAUCUCCUGGGGUAGUAGUGCCUCCCAGGGCAGUCCAGUUUUCUGGGGCAGCAGUGCCUCCCAGGACAGGAGCCCCUUCUGGGACAACAGUGCCUCCCAGGGGGGCAACAACUCCCAAUGCGGCAGCAUUUGCUAGGGCACCAGCAUCUACCCAGAGGGCAACAACCACAGGAGCCAUGCAGGUCCCUAGGGUGGCAGCACCUACCAAUGCCACAGAGACUCCUAGAAUAGCAACACCUGCCACGGUGGCUGAAGCCUCUCUGCCAAUGCUUUCUGGGGCCGCAGAGACUCCUGGGACUUCAGGGUCCUCUAAGACAGCAGCCACUGGCAAAAAAGCAAGCCCUGGAGCUCACACUGGCGCUAUACCUAAGGCUGGAUCAGCCACUGGCGCUGUGCCCAAGGGUGGAGGCAAGGGUGGAAACAGGAACCGGAAUGGAGGCAAGGGCAAAAACAGGAAAAACAAGGUUGAAGUGGAUGAGUUGGGGAUGGGCUUUCGCCCUGGUGAUGGAGCUGCAGCGGCCGCUGCAGCUUCUGCUAAUGGGGGACAGGCUUUCCUAGCAGAGAUUCCUGAAUCUGAGGAGGGGGAAUCUGGGUGGACUGAUACAGAGUCAGAUUCAGACUCUGAACCUGAGGUUCAGCACAGAGGGAAGGGCAAGAGAACCAUUCCCAUGCAUAAGCGCCCCUUUCCAUAUGAAAUCGAUGAGAUUCUGGGUGUCCGAGAUCUCAGGAAAGUCCUAGCCUUGCUUCAGAAAUCAGAUGACCCCUUUAUCCAGCAGGUAGCCCUGCUCACCCUGAGCAACAAUGCCAAUUAUUCAUGUAAUCAAGAAACAAUUCGAAAGUUGGGAGGCCUCCCGAUUAUUGCUAACAUGAUCAACAAAACUGACCCCCACAUUAAGGAAAAAGCCUUAAUGGCCAUGAAUAACCUGAGUGAAAAUUAUGAAAACCAGGGCCGACUGCAGGUAUACAUGAACAAAGUGAUGGAUGAUAUCAUGGCUUCUAACCUGAACUCAGCAGUACAGGUAGUUGGGCUAAAAUUUUUAACAAACAUGACUAUUACUAAUGACUAUCAGCACCUGCUUGUCAAUUCCAUUGCAAACUUUUUCCGCUUGUUAUCUCAAGGGGGUGGAAAAAUUAAGGUUGAAAUUUUGAAAAUACUUUCAAAUUUUGCUGAAAAUCCAGACAUGCUCAAAAAACUUCUUGGUACCCAAGUGCCAUCAUCAUUUAGUUCCCUUUAUAAUUCUUAUGUGGAAUCAGAAAUUCUUAUUAAUGCUCUUACUCUAUUUGAGAUUAUCUUUGACAACCUCAGAGCAGAAGUGUUCAACUACAGAGAAUUCAACAAGGGUUCCCUGUUUUACUUAUGUACUACAUCUGGGGUGUGUGUUAAGAAAAUCCGAGCCUUGGCCAAUCACCAUGACCUCUUGGUGAAAGUGAAAGUUAUCAAACUGGUAAACAAAUUCUGAUUGCUCUGUGUCCUCAAGAUCUGUGAUUUCUCAGUUUUCCAAUCUGGAAGCAUUAAAAAUGCGAUGUUAUUGCUUUUCUCCUUGUGUGAAUAGUAAAGGGGUCUUUUCAGCUGCCAGUUUAGAAAAAUGUGUCAUUCAGAGUGAUGUUGUCUGUGACAGUCACCAGCUUUAAGCUGAUCCAUUUCCUGAAUACCAAAUAGUCCUGUAGUCUUGUAGUUCUGUAGUCCUGUAGUACUGAAGACACAUUUGUGAUUUGAAUUGUGUUGCUUGGGUGGAAUAUUUUUACUGGGUCCUCUAUGUGAAUUGAUAAUGAACCUGUCCGUGAAUGUCCUACUCUGCUCCUACUUGUUUUGACUUGAAUUUUGUCACCAAAGACUUCAUAUGUGUAUCAUCAAUAAAGUUGUGUGUUGCAAAUGGCAA